AAUUUAAAAUUAAAAAAAAAUACUGUGCAUUGUGGUUCUUUUGCGAACAAAAUUUCGUUCAAAAUUGAGCGUUUGAGUGUUUUCAAUGGUACUGGUGAUGUGAGGUUCGGUGCGAUGGAUGCCAUGAUGAACGUGUGGACGGUGGUGGAGAAUGUCCGGGUGGCCAGCAGUGCCGCGGAGAUGGCCAUCUUCACCGCCAUAAUCUACUGGUUCUUCACCUCAAGCCGCGUAGCUGAUAUGCUAGAAGUGGUGGGGGAAAGAGUCGGGGGAUGGUGCGGUCGCGAUUCAAGCACACUGCGCCAAGCGGUGCGCGCUCGUCGCAGACACAACGCGGAUGUAUACGCUAAGCUGGAUGCUGAGAUAACGUCUAGAACUUCGUCGCUGUACCGGCUUAAGGAAGAGCCUCAAGUGCCAGCGCCGCAGCCCGACCGUCGUCCGCCAGCUGGCCUGGCGUGUUCACGAUGCGCACCGUUAUCAAGGGAUUCAUGGAAAGAUCCGAAAUCAGAGGAGUCGGGCUCCGUUAUCAACAUAUUGGACAUUGGUCGCCAGACGUUUGCCAACGGCGGUGUGGUGGCUAGAUACCUGUGCGACUUGGCCCAUUGCAUACACCUCGUCAAAUAUGACUUCAAGGAUGUAGUGCCGAGUGUGGUGAAAGACGAACGUUUCCAACGCGCGAUACAAGAUACGACUCAAGAGGAAUUGAAGAAGACUGCCAAUGGCUCGCACCGUGGGCAGGACACAUUCACCACAGCGAGGCGACGCAUUGAGGCGCGGGCUAUGAAAGUACUGGCCAAUAUAUCCUCGGCCAUGUCCACGCAUGUACUAAGAUUGGUCGCUUGGGUAUGCCACAAAGCGGUGCGUCGCAUUGCUGGAGGAGGUUGCGGCACGCGCGCGGCGUGCGUCGAGCGACUGCGGAGGGCAAAAGCCGCCGGCCUGCCACUAGUGUUCGUGCCCCUGCACCGCUCGCAUUUCGACUACAUCCUGGUGACGUUCACGUUGUACCUCACCGGGUUGCGACCGCCUCUGGUCGCCGCUGGUGACAACAUGAGGAUACCGUUCUUUGGAUGGUUCUUGCGUGGUUGCGGCGCUUUCUUCAUCAGGCGCAGAGUCGACGGCUCCGAAUAUCAUGGAGAUCCAAUUUACAAAUCUGCUCUUAGAGCAUACAUCCUGAACAGUUUGGCCGCCAAUAAUAACCUGGAGUUCUUCAUCGAAGGAGGUCGCACUAGAACCGGGAAACCGCAGUUACCAAAAGCGGGAAUACUCUCCGUGAUAAUGGACGCGUACAACGACGGCACUAUCGACGACGCGCUUUUGGUGCCCGUGACGCUGAACUACGAUCGCCUGGUGGACGGCAACUUCGUGCGCGAGCAGCUGGGCAUGCCCAAACAAAUGGAGACCUUCUGGUCGGCCCUCAGGGGGAUAUGGAGGACUUUGAACACCAACCACGGCAGUAUAAGAGUGGACUUCAACCAGCCCAUAUCGCUGAAGGAGCUAGUGACCUCAUUCCAAAAGUACAACUACUUGAAGGCGCCGAUCGAGAGGCCUUUGACACCUCCUAACAACAACCUAGCUGUCAACCUGGACAGACAGAUCCUGUACAACCACAGUCACAGCAGUUUGUUCGGAGCGGAUGUCAGCACCGACCAGAAAAUGAUGGUGGAGGCCAUCGGCAGACAUCUUGUCUAUGACGCAGCCCAAUCGACUGCCUUGAUGUGCACGAACGUAGUAUCGUACGUGUUACUAACCGAGCAACGCCGCGGGUGCAGCCUAUCUCAAUUACAGUCUAGUGUUUCUUCGCGCGGGAAAGCCCUAAAAAUGGCCGGGCGCGACCUAGGGUACAUGGGCGAAGACCAUCUUGUGAUCAAAAGAGCUUUGGAAAUGCUGGGCACUUCCCUCGUACGGGUGGAAGGCAGUGGCGCCAACAGGACUGUACGAGCGCACGCAUCCGUGCCAGCGGCGUUGGAACUCUCGUAUUAUGCCAACGCGUUGGUCGCACACUACGCCGCGCCUGCUAUUGUAGCGACGGCGUUGGAAAGCAUAGUGUGCAAACAGAACGCAGACGAGGAUACCGUGCGCCACUCGGAGCUGAUGGAGGCAGCCCUGCAACUCAGCGAGAUCCUCAGCCAGGAGUUCAUCCUCUGCGCACCCUGCACCAGGAUAGAGGAGCGGCUGCAAGAGGCGUUGGACGAACUCCUCGCGCAGGACGUCCUCACCGACACUCGGUCUCCGGACGCCUUGGAAGAGCAGCGCUGGUCGCGUCGUUUCGCGAAUAACUUUGACGACGAGGACGACGACGACGACGGAUACCGGCCGGACCCCACGCGCCUCAUCAAAUACAAGCUGUCCAAGAGCCCGGAAGCCCUGGCGGAACGCCGAAGGUUAGUGCAAACGAUCCGCCCGCUGUUGGAAGGUUAUGCGGCGACGUGCCACUGUGUCCGCAACGCCACGCAAAAGGAGGUGGUGGGCGCCGCACUCGAUUCGCUACUGGAGAGUUUUGCACAGAACAAAAUGCUUUACGGCGAAGCAGUAUCAACGGACGCCAUACGGAAUUGCCUUCGACUCUUACGCCAAUGGGGCGUGAUAGAAAUGUACACGGACAAUCGCGAGAGGAAAAUAAGAGUGUGCACACCCUACGAGAACCGGGACAAUAUGGAGGAAGUGGGCGCUAACAUUUACAAAUUCAACAUGGCCACGCCUGUGCUGUGACCGUCAUGUGACUGAAGUGUGACCAAAGUGUGACCAAAAAAUUGUGAUGUGUAAAAAGUGACUAGUGUAGUGUUGUGUAAGCUUAACUUGCGCUGUGGCUUCUGGUAGCAAGUGGCACGGGCGUCAAAUAGCUUGUCGCUAAAAGCAAUGAGCUCUCGCCCACUUUGUACGUUUCUAUAUUUUUCUUACUGUCUUACGCUGUUACUGCACUACAGCUCGAACCUUUCUCAUUCUGAGAGAUUCGUGGACACAUAGUGGGUGGUAAUGGAUUGACAACGAUGCAGCUGUCACUUUGUUUUAAGCGAAGGUUUUGUUGUACAAAUAUGAGCAAAACUCUCUUCAGCUCUGAAUUGCAGCUUGAUCCGUGGCUUUAAAAUGCUAUCUACGAUCGGUCCAUUUUUAUAAAUUUAAAAAGGAUAUAAAAUUUUUUCGGAACCAACAGGAUUUGAACCUGCGACUCUCUGGCAAUCGCGGCCUGAGCGCUUUUUCCAACGCUACGUCUCUCCUACCAUCAAUGCUGAAAUUAGUAUAUUCCUUUUUAAAUCAGUCUUAUAGGGACUGUUGCUUCAUCUAGUAGGAAAUGUUGCAGUUUCGAUCUACGUUUUCAAAGGUCCGUAUAACAAUGAGACACG